AUGCGCCACUUUGACGCCUGGCUCCUCCGCGACCCCUACUCCAUCUUCCACUACUAUCCCACCGGCCGCCGCUGGCAAGAGACCGUCCGCGACCUGAUCCACGACCGCAAGAUCUGUUCGCCCAUCGAAUCUCCGUCCAAUCCGCCCGUCAACCUCAAUGCGCAUCCCAUCCACCCGCAGUCCGACUCGCUGUUCAUGACCCGUCUGCCGCCGGAGAUCCGCCUGCGCAUCUACCAGUACGCCUUUGGCGAUGAAGUCGUGCAUCUCGUGCAGCUGAAGGACAAGAUCCGGCAUGUGCGCUGUCCCCACGCGGACUCGUCGCUCGAUCGCAAUCGGAGAUGUUGUCCGGUGACGCCGGCGCGAUGGCGGCUUGACACUAGCAGCAGCAGCCCGUCUACAACCAGCACUACCAGUAGUAAUGCCACCACUGCUACUACCGCAGCUCCCGCUGCGGUAGUCCUCUAUCCCCACACCCACCCAGCCCUCCCCUCGCACCUCAGCACCUCCUCCCUCCCCCUCCUACGCACCUGUCGCGCCAUCUACGCCGAAGCCGCCGACCUGCCCUACACAACGCCGACCUUCGACGUCGACGACCUGCACACCUUCAUCGCGUUCGCGCAGACCAUCGCGCCGCAGCAUCUGCGCGCGCUGAAACGCCUCUCCGUGCACUACACGCCGGUUUGGCAGCCGCUGUCGGGCCAGUCACACAAAUCCUCCAUCUACGCGCACACGCAUAACGACGAGCUGUGGACGCGGUUCUGGGACCGGGUCGCGGCGUGCUCCGGCCUCGAGCAGUUGCAUCUUACCCUCGAUCUCGGGAGGUUUACCUCCACUGCUCCUGCGGGUCCUGGGGCCCCCGGGUUGGUGGGGGGUGUAGGUGGCGGUGGGGGUGGGCUGCGGCUGGCGAUUGAGGAGCCCUGGGUUGCGCCUAUCCUUGCGGUGCGCGGGUUGCGUCGGUUUGAGCUUGCGGUCACGGCGCGGGCGGACCCCCGGGCGAAGGCGCGGCUUGAACGCGAGCUUGUGCGCGAUGCGGUUGUUCUGCGGGAUCGGUUGCGCGAGGUGCUUUGCUCGCCGGGGGAUUAUGAGUUGUCUGAUGGGGAGGGGCAGAGUGAAAGUAGUGUGCCCUGUGCUGGCGGGAGGCGUCCCCGGCUGGCUAUCACGGCGGCAUAG